AUGCUUGCUUCGCGAGCUGCAGCUCGUCAUUGCCGAAGGAUAGCAAGGGUACCAGCAUUGGCCCCUCCCGCACGACACCUUCAUGGCUUCGCGCAAAGCAAGUUUCUUCAGGUCUCGGAGGAAGUUCGCGACGCCGUAGCCACAGGAAAGCCCGUGGUAGCUCUAGAGUCCACAAUCUACACUCACGGAUUCCCGUAUCCUGAGAGUGUUGCUCUUGCAUCGUUGCUGGAAACCGUCGUACGGGCAAAUGGCGGAGUUCCCGCUACAAUUGGAAUUUUGAAUGGAGUGGCCAAGGUGGGCCUUAACGCCGAAGAGCUUAUCGAGCUGGCCUCUACCGCAGAGAGCAAGUGUGCACUGAAGGUUUCCCGCAGAGAUUUGGGUUAUAUAUGCGGCCUGGGCUUGGCUGGGAAACGACUGCACGGUGGUACAACAGUUUCGGGCACAAUGAUCCUUGCCCAUCUGGCUGGUAUUAAGGUCUUCGGGACUGGGGGUCUUGGUGGUGUCCACCGUGGUGGAGAGAAUUCUAUGGAUAUAUCUGCCGAUCUCACCGAACUGGGACGUACCCCGGUUGCUGUUGUCAGCUCUGGAUGCAAAAGCUUCCUGGACAUCCCACGAACUCUGGAAUAUCUUGAAACCGAAGGUGUUUGUGUUGGGACGUUCGCGGAUGGCCGUACGGGCCAGAUAGAUUUCCCUGCGUUCUUUACGCGUGACAGUGGCAUCAAGAGUCCAAAGGUUAUUCAAGAUGAGGCUGAGGCAGCUGCCAUAAUAUAUGCGCAAUCAAAACUCCCCGUUUCAUCGGGAAUGCAUUUCGCCAACCCGGUGCCUGUGCAGCAGUCCAUUCCCAAAAACGAAAUGGAUGAUAUUAUUGAGGAAGCAAUCCGCCUUGCUGAGGUGGAGGGCCAUCAGGGCAGCGACAACACUCCAUUCGUACUCUCUAAAAUCAAGCAACUCAGUGGCGGCAAGAGUGUUACUGCCAAUCGUGCUCUGGUUGAGGCGAAUGUGCAGCGUGCAACUCGCGUCGCUGUAGAACUUUCAAAGCUGGAACAGUCCAAUGGAACGCUUAAUGAACGGCAUAUGCCAGCAAUUUCCGAGGACGUCAAAGCUGACCAAGCAACUUCAGAGGCAGAGCUUAAGCUCAACCCAACUACUGAAGGACCUAUUGAGGCAUUGGACAAGGUAGACGUUCUCGUUGCUGGCUCUCUCGCGGUUGAUCUUUCCUGUGACUAUGCUCCUCCUGCGGGAGAAAAAGACAUCAAACCUGUUUCUGAUACUUCCAAUCCAGCUACCAUCACGCAGAGCCUUGGCGGCGUGGGUCACAAUGUUGCCAUUGCUACCAAGUAUCUUGGCAGCUCCGUUCUUUUCUGUAGUGUCGUCGGGGACGAUCUAAGUGGCCGUGCAGCCCUAACGGCUCUUCGAAAAGAGGGGCUAUCCACUGCUGGCGUACAGGUGCUGCCCGCGUCAAACAGCGCCAGGACCGCACAGUAUGUAGCUGUUAAUAAUGCGAAGAAAGACCUCGUUGUGGCCAUGGCGGACAUGGGCAUUAUGGAACUACCAGAGCAGAAGUUGGACUUCGGGGGCUUUUGGGAGACUCUGCUCUCCCGCACGAAGCCUCAAUGGGUUGUCGUUGAUUCGAACUGGAGCCCUGAAGUCCUUUCCAAGUGGGUCGCUGUAGCCAAGAAACAUGGCGCACGGGUUGCGUUCGAGCCCGUAUCCAAUGCCAAAAGCUGCCGCCUGUUCAGCAAAAGCACCGAGGUAAAUGCGGCAAUUAGCCCGUCGGCAUCUGUCCCCAACAAUGCGAUCAGCCUGGCGACCCCGAACCAGUUUGAACUCACUACCAUGUACAUGGCAGCACGUGACAGCGGGCUGUUUGACUCCGAGGGCUGGUGGCACAUCAUAGAUGCGAUGGGCAUGUCGUCAGCAGGUGCUCGAGACCGACUCGUUGCAAUGACAUCAAACCAGCUUGUGGAUCAAGGCAUACCCCAGCAGAGUAUCCAACUCCUUCCUUACAUCCCCUGUCUCAUUACCAAAUUAGGGUCACAGGGUGUCCUCGUUACUCAACUUCUUCGCCCCGGUGACCCGCGUCUCACUUCGCCCGAUUCUGCCCCUUAUAUCUUGUCGCGUGCUACACUGGUUGAUGAGUUAGUUGGUGGUGUGUAUAUGAGAUUGUUCCCACCCGCGGCCGUACUGGCCGACGAGGAGAUUGUCAGUGUCAACGGAGCCGGAGAUACGCUUUUGGGGGCGGUAAUCUCGGGUCUCGCGAAGGGAGCAAAGACCGUAGAAGAUGUCAUUCCUUUUGCACAGGAGGCUAGCCUUAGGACGUUGAGGAGUCCGGGGGGUGUUAGCAGUGAUAUUGUCAGCUUAGUGCGCUCCUGA